AUGUCAUUGUCCACCCCCCGCUCGUCAGCUUCACGCGCCCCUGACCUGACCGUGCCCGCAACACAAGGCACGGCGCCUGUUAUCAAAUUCCGAUGCCUCUUUACCCACGAUGUGCGACGGAAGGCGAAACGCUGGCAGGACGGCUUUCUCCGGUUCCACACCUUUAAUAAGCGAGUGAUGGUCUAUGAUAAUGGAGGAUACUUCAUCGGAGAUCUCCAUUAUCGAGCACCAGAGGGUAUCCAGGAUGGAGAUGAACUAGAGCUUGAUAAAGGUGUUUUGAUACAAGUUUGUGAAACACUUGAACAGUCGGAAACGGAUAUAUCGGUGCUCUACAGGAAUAAAGCCACAACAUCGCCGCCACAACCCAAUAAACCUCCAACCUCUGCCCGCUCACCUGCUCCCCGGCCCCUCCCCUCUCAGCAAGCUUCGCGCUCUCUAAACGAUCUCCUUGGUAUCAGGAAAACGCCGGUCCCACAAUUGCGAUCACCCUACGAACAGCGACAGAGACAGGUUGGCACACCACAAUAUGAGCGGCCUGCGAAGCGUCAACGAACAGCCUCUCCUGAGCAGACCAGUCCCUCAAGCGCGCAGGGCAUUGUUGGCUUGACUGACUUGCCUCCCCGAGAACAGCAGACUGCACCUUCAGAGCCUCGGCACAACAGCAGUACUGCGGUCACAAGACCGCAACCCCACACCGCAUCAACUGGAAAUAGUGCAUUAAACCGGUCCAUAACUGCUCUGAACCGCCCUUCUCAGCCUGCUCAACGAGAUCCAACAUCACAGCCGCAAAACAACACUUCCAUUCAAAGGCCCCCCGGGUCCAGUGGAAAUACUACAUCUAGGCGGACCGACCCCAAUCAGCAUCGUCCACCUCAACCUCCUCUACGAGAUCAGGAACGAGCACCAAUAUCUCGACCUCAAAACGACAUUGUCGAUCAAAGACCCGUCGGGUCCAUUGUAGAUAUUACAUCCAGGCAGCCCGAAAUCAAUCAACCUCGCCCACCUCAAUCUGUUCUACGAGAUCAACAGGACCCCACUCCUCGGCCUCAGAACAGCAGCCCUAGCAUCCAGAGAGCACCCGAGUUGAAUGGAGCCAUGUCCUCUAGGCGGCUAGAACCUCAAAGUCGGCCACCUCAGUCUGUUUCCCGAGAUACGAGGCCCAGUCUGGGCCCGGAUUCUCCAAUCAAUCCCCUUCGCCUAACUUGUGGCAAUCCGCGCCGCAAACUAAUGUACCGAGAGUCAUCAUCAUCGAGACCACAGUCAGUACGUACCACAUACCAAGCCAAGUUUCACGACUGA